AUGUGGAACAACAACAGCGCUUUAGCAACUUUCAUUUCUCCAAUCAAGACUGCCAAGUGUCAGCAGGCUAACAGCAGCUGCCCAAAGGGCAGCGAUGGCGGUAAGUGUGGAAUGCUGGGGGAAGAAUACUCGUACAUGUACAGGACCUCUUUGUAUUUGGCAGCCUCGGCAUCAGCAGAAUUCUUUGCGGAUGUUGGCCUUGCUCCUUUUGAGGCUAUGAAGGUCAGAAUUCAGACUGCACCAGGAUUUACAUCGUCAAUGACAAAAGCUGCAUCAAUUAUAUCAAAACAAGAAGGCAUUGGAGGGUUUUACAAGGGUUUGGCACCCUUGUGGGGCAGACAAAUUCCUUACACAAUGAUGAAGUUUGCUUGCUUUGAGAGGACAUUGGAAGCUUUGUACCAGCACGUAGUACCAAAACCUAGAGAGCAGUGCACAAAGGAGGAACAACUGGCAGUCACUUUCACUGCUGGCUACAUUGCCGGCGUUUUCUGUGCAAUUGUUUCCCACCCUGCUGACACAAUUGUGUCAAAACUGAACCAGGACAGAGGGUCAACUGCCAUGGAUAUUGCUAAGCGACUCGGCUGGUCCGGCUUGUGGAAGGGCUUGGGUCCAAGGAUCUUCAUGAUUGGUACUCUCACUGCCCUGCAAUGGUUCAUCUACGAUGCCGUGAAGGUGGCGUUUGGGAUCCCCAGACCACCACCCCCAGCAAUGCCAGAGUCAAUGAGGAAACGUUUGGAAGCAGAAGGAAAACUCUAAAUAACCAAUUUAAUUUCAAGGUGACGAAGUUGAUGGCAUCUACAUAGUCUCUUCUAAGAGAAUUCAAAAGGUGUUCCGGACAUAGAGGCAACUGCUCCUGUGAUCUGUUGAGGGAUAGUCUUCUGCUUCUUCUUUCGGUGGUCGAUUCUGAAUCUCAAUACUAAGGUUUACGGUUGUUGGAAGUGAGCCAUGAGAUAUACAACUUAAGCUGUUGAAAA